AUGGCGAUCCUCGACACUCUCCCGGGUGUGGAAAUCGAGAUUUUGGUCGACGGCGAGCCAUUGGAAGAAUAUGCGGACAAUGAUUCCGAGGAUCAGUUGAACACCAACAUGUGCUACGUCGAGGCUGUUACAGGCAAGGUCUUUGAAGUGCGAAUCAAGGUGGAGGGAGGAGUGGAAAUUACGCGCGACACCGCCGAAUUCAACAUUAGUAUCGAUGGUGUCUUGGAAGCCGCACCAUUGAUCCCGAGUCACAGGUUCGCCACACGUUAUUAUGAGAGGCGCGCCGAAGGUCGCAACGUAGGAGGCGGAAAGCAGCAGAAGUUCUGCUUUUCUGAGAUCGAGACGGUCGAUGACGGCCGCGUUGAAGUCGAUGAAGCUGCUCGGACGAAGAGUCUGGGAGAGAUCGAAGUUCUUGUCUCGUUCGUGGACAUGGGCGAAGAGACCUUGGUACAAACGCAGGACGUGCUGACUACGGAUCUUGGAAUCAUGUCUGAGAAGGCUCUGAAGGGCAGAGCCAUCACUCACGGCGUUGGUUACCAGGCACCGAGCCGUGGAGCCAAYAAGUACAACACGGAGACAACGAACGAAGACCCGUUCAAUAUCUUCAAGUUCAUCUUUGCCUACCGCUCUCCAAAGGCCCUCAAGGAUCUGCUCGUCAUCGAGCCUACGCCGGAACCCACUCCAUUGGAGGAUCGCGAUUUCGACAGUCUCUCCCGGGAAGAGCUGCAAGAGCUGCACAAGCGAGCCCGAGACCGUGCACAGGCAGACAAGGCUGCGCAGGAGGCCUCGGUCAAGGUGAAGCGGGAGCGCGCGGACGAAAACCCGCGCCGACGCAAGAUCGCACGCCCAAGCGUGGGUGCCACCCAGCUGGAACUCAAUGAGGCCGAUGGCGGUUUUCGGGAGGCUUCGUCGGAGACUGCAGGCCGCGCGGAGGUCGAAAUCGUCGAGAUCGACUGA